UAAUAAGUAUUGUAUCUUCAGAAUUGUAACACUCCCUAAGCUACUAAUAUGGUUUCCCCGUAGCAAGUUCGUCACAUAGCUAUAGAAACUAAUCCCAGAAAACUAGCUAUAUCUUCAGAAUUAUAAUCUCAGAAUUAUAAUCCCAGAAUAAUUUAGUUCCCAUAUCAACCCCUAAAAUAAUAGGUCCAAGAAAAGUUACUUUCUCAUAGCAGUAUUAACAAUUCUCCUUCUUAGCAUAUCAAAUCAUAAAAUGAAAAGGUUUGAAACUUUUUUGAAUACCAUUUACCCCAAACAAGUAUUGGCCAGGAAUAUAAAAGGGUGAAAAUAGCAUUUCUUUUAAAUAGCAUUGGGAAAAGGAAACAAAUCAUUCCAUAACUAGUACUCUGCCAAGUGAUUCAAAAUUUGGCUCCAAUUUGGCCUCUUAAUUGUCCCAAACAACCAUGUCACAUCUCCACUUCAAAUUCUUUUCUAGAAAAAGUAAAAGACAAGUAUUUUAGCCAAACGGCCUAUUUUCUUCAUUCACCACUGUCUCCUUUCUCUACUUUCCUUCAUCACAAACAAACAAAAAAUAUACUCCACAUUUUCUUAAGUGUUGGAGCAGACACUUAUUAACAGAAAUGGCAAUCUCAGCUAUGAAUUCCUCCAAGAAAAGCCCUCUCCUUUCUUCCUCAAAGAAAAGGGUACUAGAAAUCAAGGAAAAACUCCUCAGGAAAAGGGCUUUGGGUCCAAGUAAAACCAACAAGGUGAAAAAUGGAGACACUAAGAAGCUUCGAAUAUGUCCUGAAAAGAAGACAUACAAAACUAGCACUGUGGAUGCAAACUCAUCAGCCAUGCUGCGGGCCGAAGAAGUUCAAGCAAAUUUGCCCUCUCACUUUCCUAGUUUUGUCAAGUAUAUGCUCCAUUCACAUGUCAGUCGUGGAUUUUGGUUGAGUUUCCCAAGAAAAUUUUGUGACUCUUAUUUGCCAAAGAAUGAUGAUACUGUUGUUUUGGUGGACGAAAAUGAAGAAGAAUUUGCUACCAAGUACCUUAUUGAUAAGAACGGAUUAAGUGGGGGUUGGAGAGGUUUUUCCAUUGCUCACAACCUGCUUGAAGGGGAUUUCUUAGUCUUCCAGUUGAUCCAACCCUGCAAAUUUAAGGUAUAUAUAAUAAGAGAAAACAACUUGACAGAAAUUGAUGGUGCUAUUAGUCUUCUAAAUCUGGAUUUUCAUGCUAGACCAAUCAAGUCAGAUCAAAGUGAGGACAUGAAAAUUUGUGAAGCAAAAGAACAAAAGUACUUGGAGCCUCCUGUCCAUCAAGAUGUCAAACAAGAAGAAGCCAUAUUGAUACCCGACUCAGACCAAGGCCCUGCAUCAGAUCAAUGUGGGAGUGAUAGCGAUAAUGGCUCUGAAGUUUUAAGCAUUAGAUUUUCAGAAUCGAGACUUGAAUUCAAAGAUGUGAAGGACUUCUCUGGUUUCAACAUUCUUGUGGAUGGAUUGAUCAUAGAUGCUGAGAUUCCAGCACACAUUCGGACCAAAUACUACUAUCUUUGCUGCACUCAGAAGUCAUUUCUCCAUGAGCAUUUACUUGGUGGACUAAAUUGCAAGCUAGCUGCCGGAAUGAUCACUGAGACUGUGAAUAUUGCUGAUGCCAUUAGAGCUUCCAAGAUUUCGAUCCCUCGUGAUUUUCUUGAGACUUGGGACAAUACAUUGAAAGGGUUCGAGUGUUUAGGCAUGGAAGUUGGAUUUUUACGUGCAAGGCUUGGUAAGCUUAUUAACAUGUCAUGUGAAUCAGAUAGCAUUCUUCUGUCAAAGAGAGUUGAACUAGCUGAAGCAAAAGAGGAAAUGAGGAAUCUUGAAGAAAAGGUUUUGAAAGUGAAACAAGUGAUACAGAAGUUAGACUCUGAAAUUGAGGCUUUAACAUUAAAAGACACGAGUUUUGAGCUCAAAUUCAAGGCACUGGCAGCUGCUCCAUGGUAAAGAUUUCCUUCUGAAAAAUGUCCUGAUUAAUAUUAGCAUAUAGUUAGUUUGGCAAGAAGCCAUUUUUAGGUUCCUAGGAGGAACAUUUAACUAUUCUUAAAAGAUGGUUCUUUGCUAGUUUUUGUGGGGUUACACGGUCCAUCAUAUCGCUUUUAUAGUGUAACUGGUGAUUUUUUUGUAAAUUGCUGACAAGCUUACUGUUUCAUGUCACACGAGUUUGGACUCGCUUUGUAGCACCCCGAAAAAUU